AUGACUUCUACGCUGAUGAAUAAUGGUAAAAGUAGCAGCACUUUACCAGAAUCAAUGGAGCGUAUGAUUACACCUCAUUAUGAGCAGAUCGUCAAUGAAAUUGAAAAUAUUUAUCAUCAUCCUGACACAGGACUUGUUACAAUUGCCCGAUGGCUUGGUCUAUCUAUCAUGGCACCAAAUAAGAAGAUCAGUAUUUUACUUAUUGGUAAUCAUAGUGCUGGAAAAUCAUCUCUUGUCAAUUGGUAUAUUGAAGAUAAUGUUCAACGUACUGGAGUAGCUAUUGAAACUCAAGGUAAAUCAAUUGGAAUAAAAGUAUCAGUUGUGAUAAUUACAUUUACAUUCACAGGUGUUUCUAUUAUUACAAGUGGUCUUCUUAACUAUUUAACUACGGAAAUAUCUUCAUCGAAACAAAAGAAGUUUCCACUUGUUUCAUUUAUUGAUACACCUGGUCUUGUUGAUGGUGCUAUGGCAUAUCCAUUCGAUGUUGAACAAGCAAUUCUUUGGCUUGGUGAUCAUGUUGAUCUUAUAUUUGUUUUAUUCGAUCCUAUUGGUCAAGCUUUAUGUAAACGAACAUUAACUCUUGUUGAACAAUUAAAUAAAUCCAAUCCAGAAAAGAUGCAUUAUUAUUUAGCUAAAGCUGAUGAAGCUGGUAGUGAUCGUGAUCGACAUCGCGUUCUUAUGCAAAUUGUACAAAAUUUAUGUCGACAACCAGAAAUUUCCAAAACGAAUUUUGAUAUGCCAACUAUUUAUUUACCUAAUUUGGCUAAAGAGACACGCUGUACAAAUCAAAUCCAUGAAGUUUGUACAACAAUCGAUCAUGCUGUAUUCAGUGGUGUUCAAAAAUCACUUAAUACGUUGCAUAACGAUUGUCAACGAUUGGAACAAUGUAUUAAUGAACGAUUAGUUUUACAUGAAAAAACUAAAGUCAAACAUCGAUCAUGGAAUAUUAAAUUAUCAAUUGUUCAAUUUAUUUCAUUAUUACUUGUUAUACUUUCAUUCAUAUUACUUUUAAGACGUUAUCUUGAAACGUCUCAUUUAAAAAUUCCAAUUCUAUUUCUUGAUGAGUCUUCAACAUCAUGGCAAAUCAAUUAUACUCUUAAUUCAAUUGAUGAUUUUCUUUUUUAUCCAGCUUAUCCAUUAUUAUUAAUAAUUAUAUUUAUUAAUGGACUUAUUUUUUUUAUUGGACGCUUUAUAAAAAACCGUCAAAAAGAUGUUCUCAAUGCUCGAGAAAAAAAAAUGUUUAUAGCAUUUAAACAUCAUCUUGAAACAAACGUCGGUGUUAAACAAAAAAAUCUUUAUGAAUCAUUCUUGGCUGAAGCAAUCGACUAA